UUGCAGACAGCGGCUUCGACUCAUUGCCACGGAAGGGAUGCGAGCCAUACAAUCUAGUUUAGCAUUUAAGAUGUGAAGGAUAAUUUAUGACUUCAUAACGCAAAUGCAAAACACCGGUUCACUUGGUUCUCCUGGCCGGUGGAGCUACCAUACAAAGGUCUGAUGCUCAGCCAAGAACCGAUCGGCUACUGUGGGCAGACCGAAGAGAGAUGCCGAGUGGUCUGGCCGAGAACGUGAUUCAACCACGUGUAUAAAGCAAGCAAGAUGUCCACUCAAUAGCCACACAGAAUGUUUUCCGCUGCACGUCUACUUACCUUAAUACUCUUUAAUAUAAGUGCUGUUUUAAAAUGCCCUUGAAGAUCAUCGUGGUUGGUGCUGGCCUGGCCGGUCUGGGCGCAGCCAUUGCGUUGAACCGCCAAGGUCAUGAUAUUGAGAUCCUCGAGCAGUCCGGCUUCCUGAAUGAAGUAGGAGCUGCGAUUCACAUGGCGCCUAAUGCCACGCGCAUCCUCAAAGAUUGGGGAUGCAACUUAGAGGACCUGCAGCCGGUCCACUGCAACAAAAUGCGGUUGUGGGAUCACCAAGGAAACCUUAUGCACAUCCCAGUUGUGACUAAGGACACCCAGGAAGCACUGGGUAUCUACGAUGAGUGGUUGCUCACACACCGAGUGGAUUUGCACAAUACUCUUAGAGCUUUAGCUGCCAGGGAGGUCAACGGCAAGAAGCCUACUAUUCACUUGCGUUCUCGUGUAGCUUCGGUGGAUCCCGAGGCUGGAGUGGUAACCCUCGAGGACGGUACCAAGUACACUGGCGACCUAAUCAUUGGGGCGGAUGGCAUGCAUUCUCGGUGUGUUAGCAGUGUCAUCGGUGGACCUACCAAGAAGGAAAGCACAGGGCAGAACUGCUUUCGCUUCCUUAUCCCUGUCUCCAAGAUGAAAAGCAACCCUCUCACUGCCUCUCUUUUGGAAAAGAUGGGAUCGGACUCUGUGGACGUUUUCACCACGGAGGAUCGCCGAAUAGUCGUCUAUCCCUGUCGUCACGGCGAUCUGCUCAAUAUCGCCGCUAUCCAUCCCUCAGGAGCCGACUCUAGCGCUAAGGAGUCUUCUUGGCUAGACAGCGGCAACUUGGAUUCGUUGCUUGAAACAUGCAGUGUGUUCAGCUCCGAGCUUCAAGAAAUGUGCAAAUUGGCAGAAGACCUGAAGCUCUGGAGCUUGGCGUCUCGUUCUCCGCCGCGCACCUUCAUCCGUGGCAAGCUAGCACUCAUCGGAGAUGCCGCCCACCCAACACUGCCUCACCAGGGCCAAGGCGGUGCGCAGAGCCUCGAAGAUGGAGCAGCUCUGGGUGCCCUUUUCACCUCCGAGUGUACCAAAGAUGAUAUCCCGGGCAGACUGGAACUGUACAACAAGAUACGCUAUGAGCGAUCUGUAACGGUGAUGCUGAUGUCCAAGGUAAGCGACGAUCGCCGGGGCCAGAUGUUGGACGAAUUGAGGACCUAUGUGCCCGAUGCCGAGUUGCCUCCGGAUAUGUUUUCCUACACCUGGAAUUCGUACCCCUGUCGGGAAGCUCAGCAGCUUCUCCGGGCGGCUCAAGUGAGCGCCUAAUCUAUCGUGACUCUUUCUAAGAGUACUGCAAUAGACCCGAGUGCUUAUAGUCUGUCACUCUUUUCUGACCCUGCCCAAUCAGCCUGUGUACUAAAUAGAGUUGUU